GGCAUUGUUGCAGCUAAGUCGUUCUCCUGAAGUGAAUACGUGCAACAUGAAAAGGUCGACGGUUUCCUCGUUGUCUUCAUUUCCAAGCAUUGCUUGAUUUUGACGAAUCAAAAUGUCUAGCAAUAUCCACGACGACCACAUCGCGCCUGGCACUGUCAGGUUGAUCGAUGCUAACGGAGAACUCAACGUCAGGCACUCCGAAGGUCAUGGCGAUAUUGUGCUUGUGCCGACACCUUCUGGACUGUUGGCUCACUUCAGCACAGACGACCCAGAGGAUCCUCUAAACUGGACGAAAAAGCGAAAGUUGUUGCAGACCGCCUGCAUGGUCAUGUAUACUGUCAUGAUGGUCUUUCCAUCAGCAGCUGUAUACUCGGUCGCCAAGCCAAUCUCUACGUCUACCGGUAUCAGUAUAACCACAAUCAACAGAGGUACCGGAAUCAUGUUCUUGUUCUACGGCUGGUCGACAAUCGUAUGGCAAGCACUCGCUUUGCAGUAUGGCAAACGACCUGUCUAUCUUGUCUCAGCUGCAGCCUCAGUUGUGAUCAUGGCAGUCGCACCAAUGUGCCGAACUUCCGGUACAUAUUUGGCUAUCAGAAUCAUACAGGGUUUCUUCGGAGGACCAGUCGAAAGUCUGUGUGAGAUUAGUAUGACCGAUAUCUGGUUUGCACACGAGCGACCGUUGUACAUCGCCCUCUACGGUGUCUCUUUGGGCGCAUCUGGCAAGCUAGCUCCAGUGUUUAGUGCGUUCAUCAACAGUGGGAUGGGCUGGGAAUGGACAUUGUGGUGGUGUGCCAUAGGUAUUGGCAUUGCUUUCGUUUUUUGUCUCCUGUUCAUGGAGGAGACGAACUACGACAGGGUCCCAACACACUCGGCAUCACCUAGCUCCCAAGCUAGCCUGGAAGCUGUGGACGAGCCAAUCUUAUCCUCCGAGAAGACCGUCGCCAAGGAUGGUGUCACAGUUGGUAAUCCUACCUCUCUGGACGACAAGAAAGGUCUCGAAGCUCAACAUCCCAUCGACGUAGCAGCUGCAGAGGUCGGACAGGUCGCGUAUCCCCGAAAGACCUACUGGCAGAAGCUCAGCGUCAUUGACAAGAAACGUCCAAACCGCAUGCUUGAUAUUAUGUGGGCACCAUUCAAGUUUUUCACCUUCCCAGUAGUGGUCUGGGCUGGUUUGCAGUACGGAUUACAAGGACUUGUGUGGCCUGGCGUGUUGAAUGCUACUGCUAGCGUCACAUACACCAACAGCUUCUAUCAUUUUUCCAGCGAUGCAGUCGGAUUCGCCUACUUCGCGGCCGUCGUGGGCAUGAUCCUGGGGUCCCUUUGGGUCACUCUUGCAGGCCCAUGGCUUGUCAUAAAGCUAGCUCGCAGAAGAGGAGGUGUCUCUGAGCCAGAAGACAUUUUGUGGCUGUUCACCGCUUCCUUCGUCGUUGUACCGUUCGCACUUAUCCUGUGGGGUGUCGGAUCUCAAGCGCACAUCCAUUGGUUUGGUCUGGUCUUUGCUCAAGCUAUCCUGGCCAUCGCCAGUACACUCUGUCUUUCGACAGCUAUUCAGUACGCGACAAGCGCCUAUCGGGAUUUGAGUGGCGAGCUGAUUACCACCAUCAUUCUCAUUCGCAACACAUUGAGUUUCGCCAUCAAUUAUGGCAUCAAUCCUUGGAUUGAAGGUAUGGGAACGCGUAACACAUUCAUCAUGGCUGCGGUGAUAGCCUUUAUACUCAACGGCACCAUGUUUUUGAUGAUUCCCUACGGACGUCGGUUGCGCGAACACAGCGCUAGAAGGUAUUGGACUUAUGUUGAGCAAGCAAGAGCCAAAGGAUUAGGUCAUUAGAGGUUCCGUAGCUCGAUCAUGCGAUCCAGCGCUGAGCGCACUCAAUCGCG